AUGUUGUCAAUCACAGCGAUAUCUACAUUUCUUCUUUCGCUAGCCUCUGCCGCAGUUGUCAGGCAACCUCAACAACCGAUUGUUCCUAGCACCACAAACUUGACAGAUCUGAUUCAUGUCCGGAAGUUCGCUAUCGAUGACAUGAACGAUGCGAAAUUCCGGCUACACCAUGUAGCUGCCAGGGCAUUGCUCGGAGAUGUUUCAUACAUCACGCUUCGGGAAGCAGAGAUGGAACAGCGAGAACAGGAUAUCUGGCAGUAUCUUUGGGACCAUGACCUAGAAUGCCCCGACUGGGACACGGACACCGAGAAUCGACCACUGUUUGAUUAUCGCCCGAAGUUGUGGUUCUCAGGCGAUCGUGUGUUUGACGUUGAUCCAGCACACGUACCUGGUGAAGUCAUUACUGCUUUGCACAAGCUAUCAGAGGAAGAAUGGGAACACCGUCAAGACAUGAGAAACCAACGCAUCUGCAAUGUCACCAAGAGCGCGGAUCCGGACUCCAAUGUGCCUUUCGAGAUACCAGAAGAGAGCGGGCACGUUGUCAUCCCAGACGAGUACAUGCAAUACCUGAUUCCAGAGGACGUCAUCAAAGAGGAGGAUAAGCUUAUAGACGAGAUGUGGAAAGCAAGAGACGACUCGAACAAGAAGAAGAUCCUGGCAGGCAAGCGCUCUGUGAGAGAUGUCAAGAUGCCUGAUCUUUCGAAAUGUACCAAGGAAGAGCGACACAUCUCUAGAGGAUUCUAG